AAACCAACAAAUACAUCUCUUGUAUUUUCCCCCAGUGCUUGAGAUGUACAGCAGACUUCAGGAGCAGAUGAGGGCCAAAAGGUACUACCCUGCGCUGCGGACCUUGGAGCAGCUGGAGCUCACGUGUCUCCCGCGGGCCGGAGAGUACCGGUUCUGCUCCAUCAUGGCGGAGAACAUCCCCAAGCUGAGGACGCAGAUCCGGGACACGGCCAUGACGCAGCUCAGAGACUUCCUGGAGAGCAUCCGGAAACACUCGGACAAGAUCGGAGAGACCGCCAUCAAACAG